GCAAAAAAUAGGGGAAAUUAUGAUGCUCGAAAGUGUAUAUACCCCGCAUUCUGACAGAGAAAUGUUCAUUUAGUUCUUACAACUGGCAGACGACGUUUGAUUUACGCAAAGUGGACAAUGGCACUCAUAACGGCUUACUGGGGCCUGGAUGGCAUAAUAGUUCUAAUGACUCUCGUUGUAACUGUCUAUCUUUACAUGACACGUAAAUACAACUACUGGAAGAAACGAGGCGUUUUUGAAGUGCCACCGACACCAAUUUUUGGCAAUUUCUCGGAUAUCAUGUUUAUGAAGAAAAAUCCUGGAUAUCUUAUGAAAGAUUUGUAUGAUCAAGGGAAAGGAAUGCCCUACAUUGGACUUUACUUAUUAGAUAAGCCGUGCUUGAUGGUUCGCGAUCGGGAGCUCGUUAAAAGCGUUCUAAUAAAGGACUUCAACUACUUCGCUGAUCGACAUACCUCGCCUGAUAUUAAUGAUCGUCUAGGUUAUGCCAAUCUCUUCUUUAUUAAAAAUCCAGCUUGGAAGACUUUAAGAACAAAGUUGACACCAACCUUCACGUCUGGCAAGCUUAAAAAGAUGUUUGAACUAAUGUUAGAAUGUGGUAAAAAUCUCGAUACGCAUCUUGACUCGCUGAAAUUGGAAGGAAAAGGAAUGGACAUGGAAAUGAAAGAUUUAACCGCCAAAUUUGCUACGGACAUAGUUGGUAUUACUGCCUACGGACUUAAUGUGAACUCAUUGAAUAAUCCAGAUGCCGAAUUCCGAAAAUAUGGUAGAAUGAUUUUUGAGUUUGACAUUUUCCGCGGUUUCGAACUUCUCUCGAUCUUAUUUUUUCCAACUCUGGUUCGUUGGACCGGUAUGAAAGCAUUUGGCAAGGAUGCCACAAAGUUCUUGCGUAAAGUUCUUUGGGAGACUCUCUCUGAACGUAUGAAUUCUGGUGAAAAGAGAAAUGAUCUCAUUGAUACGCUUAUUGAACUGAAAGAAACUUAUAAAGAUCAGGACAUUGGAGGUGGAUUUAAAUUUGAAGGAGACGAUCUAGUAGCGCAAGCGGCUGUUUUUUUCACAGCUGGUUAUGAGACCUCUUCAACAGUAAUGGCUUUCUCUUUGUAUGAACUCGCGAUACGUUCCGAAAUACAAGAUAGACUCAGAAAAGAAAUUCUUGAUGCGCUCCAUGAAACCGACGGCAAAAUCACAUAUGACAUGGUUUGUUCACUGCAAUAUCUCGACAUGGUAGUGUCCGAAACUUUGAGAAUGUAUCCGCCGUUGGCAUUUCUAGAUCGCUUAACAGUGGAAACUUACAAGGUGCCAAAUUCCGAUUUAGUUCUCGAAAAAGGUACGCCAGUUUAUAUUUCGAUGCUUGGCAUACACUAUGACCCGGAAUACUUUCCUGAUCCGGAAAAAUAUGAUCCGGAGCGAUUUAGCGAAGAGAAUAAACGUAAUAUUCCGUCAUGUGCCUAUAUUCCAUUUGGAGAGGGUCCACGUAUAUGUAUAGGCGCUCGUAUGGGACUGUUACAAACAAAACUUGGAAUCAUUACAAUCUUGAGCAAAUACGAAGUGACACCAUGUGAGAAAACUCUAAUACCAAUGGUUCUUGAUCCAAAAGCUCCGCUGACGUCGCCAUUGGGUGGAGGCUUACAUCUCAAUAUCCAAAAACUUCAUAGCAAUUGCAAAAUGGCACUCCUAACGGCUUACUGGGGCCUGGACGGCAUGAUAAUUCUUAUGACUCUCGUCAUAACAGCCUACCUUUAUAUGACGCGCAAUUUCAAAUACUGGAAGAAACGAGGUAUUUUGGAAAUAACACCAACACCUUUCUUUGGCAAUUUCAAGGAGUGUCUAUUUCUGCAGAAAGCACCGGCAUAUUUCUUAAAGGAACUCUAUGAUGAAACGAAGGACCUACCAUACGUAGGCUUCUACAUAUUGGACAAACCAUUCUUGUUGGUUCGCAAUCGCGAACUCGUAAAAAACAUUUUAGUGACAGAUUUCAAUAAUUUCUCCGAUCGAUAUAAUACGGCAGAUCCGGCAGACCGCAUAGGUUACGCAAAUCUCUUUUUUAUAAGAAAUCCAACCUGGAAGAUGAUAAGAACAAAACUAACACCGUUCUUCACGUCUGGUAAAAUGAAGAAAAUGUUUGAGUUGAUGUUAGUAUGCGCAAAAAAUUUAGAUGAACAUCUCGAUUCACUGCAGUUAGAAGGUGAUGGAAAGACGAUGGAGGUGAGAGAUUUAACCGCCAGAUUUGCUACGGAUAUAAUCGGCAGCACUGCUUAUGGACUCAACGUGAAUUCGUUCAAAGAUCCAAAUGCAGAGUUUCGCAAAUACGGGAAAAUGAUAUUUAACUAUAAUACAAUUCGUGGCUUGGAGAUGCUCGCGAUAUUUUUUCUUCCAACUUUAGUCCGUUUAACACGAGUAAAGAUGCUUGGCAGACAGCCGACGAAGUUCCUGCGUAAAGUUUUUUGGGAGACGCUCACUGAACGUAUGAAAUCUGGUAUAAAGAGGAAUGAUCUCAUCGAUAUCCUUAUCGAAAUCAGAAACAAUAACAAUGAUAAAGAUAUGAAAGAUUUCACGUUCGAUGGCGAUGAUCUUUUAGCGCAAGCAGCUAGUUUUUUCGUAGCUGGUUUUGAAACUUCUUCAACGACCACGGCUUUCACGUUAUAUGAACUUGCGGUGCAGCCCGAAAUUCAAAAUACUCUGCGAAAAGAAAUUCACGAGGCACUCAACAAAACCAAUGGAAAAAUUACAUACGACGUGACAUGGUCGUUACCGUAUCUCGAUAUGGUGGUCUCUGAAACUUUGAGAAUGUAUCCAUCAUUGGGAUAUCUAAAUCGCAUGGCUAAACAUACUUAUGAAGUGCCAGAGUUUAAUCUCGUAAUUGAGAAGGGUACACCAGUUUACAUAUCAAUGCUUGGUCUACACUAUGAUCCGCAAUAUUUUCCCAAUCCCAAUAAAUUCGAUCCGGAGCGAUUUAAUGAGGAGAAUAAAAGUAAGAGACCGACUUGUGUCUAUUUCCCAUUUGGAGAAGGUCCACAUGCGUGCAUUGGGAACCGUUUCGGGCUUUUGCAAGUUAAGCUAACGCUGCUUCAAAUCUUAAACAAAUAUGAGGUAACACCAUGCGAAAAAACCACGAUACCAGUGGUAAUUGAUCCAAAAGGAGCCAUGACAGCACCACUAGAUGGUGUAAUUUAUCUUAAUUUCCGAAAAAUUAAUACUAAUGCUAUUUAACAUUUAUUAAGACAGAAUAUUUAUUUUUUAAG